UGCUGCAGACCUCAGAAGCCAUUUUGAGAUGAUGUCCCUGUUGAGAAACCCUAUGAAGAUGCUGAAAUCAACGAACAUGGUUACAUUUCUGUCUGUUCCUCCCUCCGUCUCCUCUAUUUCACCAUGGCAGCUGUCAACCGACGGGACAUUAGCAAAGCGGGGCAUCAAGCUGUGCUCACAGAGUUAAAACGUCAUUGAAAUGAAAGAGGACAGUGUCCGUUUACUGUCUCUGUCGAGACAUGUAACACCGUGAGUUUUUUCCAGUCUGAAAUCUUCCAGCAUCUCUCACAACCCAACGUCUCCUUGAGUGACUGAGUUAAUUCACUCUUUGUACCGGAGAGAAGGGAGGCAGAUCCGUUUUCCAAUGGCUUCUGUGAGCCUUGUCUCCAGUCCCCCAGCCCCUGUUCUUGACAAAAACAUGACAGACUCUGAGCUUGCAGGGGAUGAAAGAGAGGACGGUGAACUGGAAGAUGGAGAAAUAGAUGAUGAAGGGAUUGGAAUUGAAGAGGAGAACAAAGAGGCUGCAGUGGUGAAUGAAGACAAAGAGAAGGAAAAGGACAAAGGUAAAGAGAAAGAAGACAAGACUCACAGGCACUCCAGGAAAAGAUACAAAAAGACCAGAGAGAAGAGGAGGUCCAAAAGGAGGAGGCGCGACAGACAGAAACACCACUCCCCCUCCAGCAGCUCCAGCUCGGACAGUUAUGACUCCGACUACGACCGACCGGAAAAACCCAAAACCCGGAAGAGCCAGGGAUCCGAUGGCCAGUCCUCUCAGCACGGACGGGAUUCAAAGGGCGGCCAUGGCAACUCACAGAAGUCCCCGCCGCACAAGAGCAGUGAUUUUGACAAAUACAGCGACUACAGCGAUGACAAGUAUGACUACGAGGAAGAGGAGGAGGAUUAUGAAGAUGACAUGUCCGAAUACCCGCAGUCAAAGGAUUGCAUCUCCCAGAGUCGUGGAAGGGGACGCCAUGCCAAAGACCAGAUGAAGAGAGGAAGCAUGAGGGGGAUGAAACAACAGCAGUUUGGGCAGAGAGGAAGGGGCAGAGGGAGCGGCCCAGGAAGAGGACGUGGGAUGCUCUACAAGAACAAGAAGCUGAAGGGCAAACCGUGGGGGGGGCGAGGACGAGGCCGAGGAGGAGACCAGGGCAUGGAAGACAUGAUGCCAGAAGGAAAAAAUUCCUGCGGAUUUCAGAAGAAACGGCCAAUUAUGAGCAAGGAGUUCAUCAAUCAGCACACAGUUGAGCACAACGGGAGAUACAUCUGCAAGUAUUUCCUGGAGGGCAGAUGCAUCAAGGGAGAACAGUGCAAGUUUGAACAUGAGCUCGUCAUACCGGAUAAGAAAAAGGAACUUUGUAAGUUCUACCUCCAAGGGUACUGCAGUAAAGGAGAUAACUGCAUCUACAUGCACAAUGAAUACCCGUGCAAGUUCUUUCAUACUGGAGCCAAAUGUUAUCAAGGGGACAACUGCAAAUUCUCCCACGAGGCUUUGAACGAUGUGACCAAAGAGUUGCUUGAUAAGAUAAUUAACACAGAGGAGGAGAACGCCCGUGAGGACGAGUUGGAGCUGGAGGAUCUGAGAAAGCAGGGUAUCGCCCCCCUUCCGAAGCCUCCUCCUGGGGUGGGGUUGCUGCCCACUCCUGGUCAGAGCAGUCCUACAGACGGCCAAGCGGGGAAGAAGAUCCCCUCCCUUUUUGAAAUCACGGUUCAACCUACUGUAGACUUGGCACAAAAAAUUGGUCUGAGCGGAUCCAACUUCUCCCAGAAUCAGGGGGAAGGCUCCAAUCAGUUUAGCGGAGGCUCCGAGGACACGCAGAGUGGAAAUAUGGUGCCUCCAGGCCCCUCUGCGCUUCCUGUUCCUCCCCCUGGGUCUCCUGUUCCCAUGGGUCACUCUGCUGGACCACCCGGCCCACAGAGCCCCCCAGGGCAGCACCCACCACACAGGUUUCCAAUGCAGCCACCACCGAUGCCCCCGGGUCAACCCCCACCCUUCCAUGGAAACCGACCCAUUCUCAACCCUCCGAAUAAUAUGCCGAGGCCUCCGUUCCCUCCUCCACCAGAUCUACAGAUGCUGCAGAGUCUCUUCCCUUUUCCAACGCUGGGUCAGAACCCAGUAGAGUUCUUCGGCAACGUCCUCCGAAACCAGGCCAUGGGUCCACAAGGAGUAGACCCUGGUCUGGCCUUCAUGCAGAACCUCCAGCAGCAGAUGGGUGCAGAGUCACAGUUUCAGUCCUUACCACCAGCUGUGCAGAAGGCCAUUUUAUUACACCUGACUCAGCAGCAACAGCAAGAGUCACAUCCACAGGGAAAUGAGCCCCAGAGAGCAGAGGGCCAGGACGAGAACAAUGCAAACAGAGAUGAAACUACAAACUGGUACUCGAGCGAUGAGGAGGAUGGGAGUUGUGUUUCCUCCAUCCUUAAAUCCCUCAAGAAGCAGAGUGAGAUGCAGCAGUCUCAGUCCAAGCCCCCCCCGACUGCACCAGCGGCUCCAGCACUGGGGGACCCUCGGCUUGUGAAGGAGAGGGCCCCACCCAGCGACCCCCGCGUGAAGACAGACCCUCGACAGCGACCCCACGGUAUGAAAAAGGAGUCCGAUGGCGUUGCAGACCCGCGGUUCUCCAGAGACCCCAGGAAGGUGAGACCAAUGGAGCAGAGUUCCUAUCGCCAUGCUGUUCCUCAGAAGCCUCCCACAGGAGAUGAGGAUGAUGAGGGAGAGAGGGAGCUCAGGGACAAAGCUGCUCUCAUCCCGCUAGAUGCUGGCCCCGAUGUGGUGCUGCGAGACCCACGUUGCCAGUUAAAGCAGUUUAGCCACAUACGGGUGGACAUCCUGCUCCAGCGCCCGGCCUUCGCACAGACAGUGGUGUGGGGCCUUGAGGACCUCAUCCCGUCCCUCGUGCCAAAACAGGAAAACUCCAUCAACCUGCCCCUCCCACCUCUAAUCGCAGAUGCUCAGAUGAACCGAACAAGCAUGCCUGACCAUCCCCCCGUCUCCAGCCCUCCGGCUAUUGACCCCAGACUGGUCGCUGCACGUUUGAAGGAGCGUAUGAGUCGAUUGCCCUCUGGAUCUCUAGAGUCCCGAUCCUCCGCUGAAAGACCUGUAGAUCCGCGUCAGCACAAGACUCUGGACCCCAGACUCAAGCGCACAGGGAGUCUGGACUCCAAGCUGCUGUGUCAGAAAGUGCCCUUCUCUGUGGGAGGAGUCGUGGACCCGAGGCUACAGAAGGCCAGUGUUAGCUCCUCCCCUCAUGCUGUCCAAGUGAAGCCGGAGCCUGAGAGGCUGCCACCUUAUGCCCCUCGUCUGGCAUCCUCUGGUGGAGGGCUAGAGAGUCCCACUACGAUCCUGGGGGGCAUCAGUCUGUACGAUCCACGUAAUCAAAGCGAGCAGGGUCAGAAGGAGCCAGCAGAGCCUCCCAAAAAGACUUUGAUUCUGAAACUCCCAGUUAAGAAGGACAAAACUCCGCCACUCUCACCAACCCAACGGAGCGGCUCUUUAGAAGAGGCCAAAAGCACAGACGUUGCCUCGGAUCAGCCCCCACCUUCCAGUUCUCCCACAGUGCCUCCUGCCUCACCGGUCAAACCCCCUGCAGUUCAUAACCUCCCCAUCCAGGCACUGGCCGGGCUGAUCCGACCCCAGUACACUGACCCGAGGCAGGUCAAACCAGGAGGACAGGGCUCCACGGGAGCACAAGAGGAGGCGGAAGGAAAUAAGCAAGAGAAAAAGGAGGAGAAGGACAAGGAGGAGGCCAUGGAGGAAGAACCAAAACAGGAAGAUGGACAGGAGGAGGCAGACGACAGGACACUUAAAGACGUGUUCAAGACUUUUGAUCCCACUGCUUCCCCUUUCUGUCAGUAAACAACCCAGAGACGUGUCUGUUCAUCUUCAUUUAGCUUUACAUUAACGUAUUUAUUUCUGUAUAGAUUCAUACACUGUCUGGUGUGCCACACAUCUGUCAGCACGGGGGACUCAGUGUAUACUUUUAACCGAACCAUGAUAUUGUUGUGUGUAUGUUAAGGUCUUUUUAUCAUUGUGUAAUUUUCACGUGUUUUAAACAAUCCGAAGAAAAGAAACUAUGGGAACCUGUAUAGUUUUCACGACGAACACACACCCUGUAGAAUAGAUCUGCACUCACUAUACAUUCAGAGAGAUGAUCCAUCUAACAAAAAUUGCAAGAAUUCCCUUAAGUUUUGUAUUUCCUUAUUUCAAGGCACUUUUAUAUCAUGAGAUCUUUCUGUUUAUGCUCACUUUGACUUUUUUCACAAUAAGUCAACAGAUGUUUUCUUGAAUAUUUACAUUUGUAUUUACUCAACACCCUGAUAUGAGUUUGUGAUUUGUCAACCUCUGACAUGAGCAGGUCAGAUAAUCAUAACAUGAGACAGUUCCCUGCUCAGCUGAGAGGAAAUGUCACUUUGAAACAUUGCAGCCAUUUAACUUGGGUUUUUGUACAUCGUCGGACCUUUUUGAUUUGAAGUGGCCUAAAUGCUUUGUGGAUGUAAAGUUACUGCGGUGGGCUUUUCUCACUCGCUAACCUAGCAGUAAGGACGGCUAAUUAAGUAUCUUAAUACUGGUUACUUAAUUUAAGUCAUUCCUCCAAACACUCACUGCUGACCAGCUUGUAAAUGGCGAGUAAACAGUUUAUCAGAAUAAGAAGUUUAUUAUACAAAGCAAGACAAUAUUAUCUUGGUCACAUUGCAUUGCGUUGAGACUUUAUUUUUUAAUGUUGCAUUUUGUUGGAGUUGACUGUAGAUGCGGUUGUGUGUUCAAGAGGUGAAUAUUGUGGGCUUAAGGUGGCGUAAUGCUCGUCGGUUUGUAAUAUUUGACGCUCUUGUCUCUGUUAAGAUGAGCCGUGUUGGACUAAAACUAAGCUAUGUACUUAAAAAAAAAAAAAAAUCAUUUUCAUAUUUCACAUUGUAUAUACCUAUUUUGUAUCACAUGUACAGCCUGUUUGAGUGUUUUAAUGAAUAAUGCUUUUUUUGUGUCCGUUUGAUUGUUAUGGUUGUGAUAAUACUAUAUGGCAUUUUAACAACACAUACAGUGGGUACGAAAAGUAUUCAGACCCCUUUAAAUUGUUCACUCUGUUUCAUUGCAGCCAUUUGCUAA